AUGCCACGCGCUGAGCGAAAGCGUCCGCGCCAGAGCGCUGAGACGGCGAGCAUAGCCAGCGAGGAGGAGGCGGUGGCGAAUGCAAUCUCCGAUGUGGAUAUGUAUUCGGACGAGGAUCUCGACGGCGGCUUUGAAGACGUCGAAGGGGAAGAGGAAGUCGCUGCGCCCCUGCAGGAAGAGCCCUCGCGGACGACGGCAGCGCACUAUGCGAUCCCGUCGCUGGAUGAGAUCCACGGUUUGAAAGAAACAAGUGACCUGUACCAAAACAAUGUAUUCAAGCUUCAACUUGAUGAGAUGUUAAAGCAUACCAAGCCAUCGAUGGCCCACGCUGGCCCUAUGGAGUCAGCCUUGCGGGAAUUGCAGGCCACGCUGCAGGCCAUUCCUGCGAUUGAGGCCCAGCCACUGAGUGCUGCAAAGAAAGUGUUGGAGCAGCGUGUGGGCCGAUCGGUGAUUAUUCCGUUUUGCGACCCUGUGCCGCACCAGGAUCCUGCGUAUACCUUUGCAUUCGACAAGCCCAGUGCGUUGAACCUCGUGGGAAGUUGGCCGCUCAAGGCGGCUGCACGUCGGCCAGGCACGAUGGAUGUCGAUGUGGAAGUCGUGAUGCCGUCUUCUCUCUUCCAAGAAAAAGAUACCUUUAAUGCACGCUACUUUUACAAGCGUGCCUUUUACAUGGCCGUGCUGGCAGAACACUUGCAUCAAGUCCGUGAAACGCUUUCGAUGCAGGUCGAGUACCUCGACCUGGGCGGCGAUCGACGACGCACCUGCAUUGUCUUGCGACCGGAGCGGACCAAGGGGGAUCUGGACUUUACCAAGCUGCAUGCAGUCAUCCGCAUUCACCUGGCCCAUGCCCCAAAUACGUUCCCGCUGGCCCGCUUGGCGCCGAAUCGGAACAGUCUUCGUGGCUCGCAAGUGGACAGCGCGGGCGAGGCCCUGCCGCCCACGCCGAUCUACAACUCGUGCGUCGUGGCAGACUCGCUUCGUCUGGCCCAUCUGGUGUUCCUGCAUGCGACGUCGGACAUGUGUCCACACUUUGCUGAGGCGUGCCAGUUGCUAAAGACAUGGGCUAUGCAGCGCGGUUUUGGCUCAUUGGAUGCGACGGCGCCCAAGUAUGCAGCACGCCGUGUGGUGGCAGGGACAGAUGAUGCACGUUUCGUGCUGAGCAUGGUGCUGGCCCACCUUCUGCAUGGCGCGCCCAAAGGUACGCCGAUGCGGCACAAGCUGGCUGUGGGCCUGUCGAGUGUGCAGCUGUUCCGUGGUACGUUGGACUUUCUCUCGAAGCUUGCGACGCAUGUGCAUAUGAAAGCGCAGCCCCGCUUCGGGCUAAGUGCAUCGCCCAUCCCCCCUGCCUCAUUUGACGUGUUUGAACGUGCAUUUGUCGACCCAAGCGGAAGUGUGAACCUAUUUGCGCAUUGGCCUACGUCGUCGGUCGAUGCCCUGUCGCGCGAAGCUUCGCAGGCGAUGCGGAUGCUGAACGAUGGUGGCGACUACUUUGCGGAUCUGUUCCUGACACCUAUGUGCUACGCUGCGCUGCAAUGUGAUGAAGUCGCGCAGGUCCGCGUCUCCUCGAAAUCGCUCUCCGCCUUGGCACAGCAGGAUGCCGGCUCCGCGCGUCUGGCUGCGAUGCGGCGUCUGCUGGCCAUCGGUACACAGGCCUUGCGGCAGCGUGCGCAUGGGCUGAUCGCCUACCAUGCGCCACACACUUCCUAUGCACUGGAUGCGCCUUGCACGCCAGAUGGGCGUGUGGAUGUGGGUGUAUGGCUCGACGCGCAGCACGCCUGGCACCAAGUCGACCAUGGCCCCUCGCCCGACACGCCAGACGCGUCGGCCUUUCGCGCGUUCUGGGGCGACGUGGCAGAAUUGCGUCGGUUCCGCGAUGGACGUGUAUUGGAAAGUGUCGUAUGGCCUGUGAAGAACCUGGCGCAGCGUGCGGCGCUCCCACGGCAUAUCCUCCAGUACGCAUGGACGUUCCAUGCGUGUGCGAAGCACGUACGCUUUGCCGGCGAUGCCAUGCAGGAUCUGCUGGAACGCCCCACCGCGCUGACCUCGCGAGCGUUCUUGCAGGACCCGGCCGUGCAGGGUUUCCAGCUCGUCCAGAGUGCAUACGAUACGUUGGUCCGCGAGCUUCGGGCGAUGGACGAAUUGCCCCUGUCGGUGUUGGGCGUGACGCCGACGGCGCCAGCCCUGCGCAGUAUGAACCCCAUGAUCCCAGGCCCACUGAACUUGGGCGAGUUAGGCCACACCGUGCCGGAUGUCGCAGCGUACUUGCCCGUGCACGAUGUGCUGAUCACGAUGGAAAGCUCAGGACAGUGGCCCGAUGACCUGGCGGCGAUCCAGGAAAUGAAGACCGCGCUGUAUGAACGCAUGGCCGAGGUCCUACCGAAGCGGCUGGCUGGCGCUACUGCACGUGUGGUGUACGAUACAGAUGCCACGACACAGGAAACGAUCCAGGAUCAGACGUCGCUGCAAGUGACGAUGGCGCAUGGGUUUGCUUUUGGCCUCCGCAUUCACCAUGAUCGUGAGCAUGUGCUGCUUGAGCGGCUUCUGCGUGACGCCAAGGCGCGAGCACCAGGUGUUCGUGCCCUUGCACGCUACGAGGCACGGUUCGUGCAUGCACCUACGCACCACGGCGCGCUCCAAGCGCUGCACGAUCGGUACCCUGCGCUUGGGCCCACCGUGCGACUCACGCGCCGUUGGCUCGCAGCCCAAGGCCUCUCCUGUCACGUGCCUGUGCCGGCCAUCGAGUUGGUGUGUGUCGCUGCGUUCCUGAGCAAUGCGCACGCGCCGCCUACGACGGGCGUGCAUGGCUGGGUGCGUGUGCUGGACUUGCUAGCACGAUGGGACUGGCGUGAGACGCCGCUGCUCAUCCCUCUGGAGCACGCGACGCGGCUUGCACACCAACACAAGGCGGCACAGUCGGACGACGAGGCACGGGCCCUGCCUGAUGGUGCCGCCCCGACAUUCCCGGCUGCGCAGCGAGCCGAUGCCGAGCAGCACUUUUCCACGUUGCGGGCGCGCGAUCCCGCGUACAAGUCCAUGGCCUGGGUCCUUGUGACUGAGAUGGACAUUACCUCGAAGGCCUGGACGCGUCCCGCGCCAACUGCGAUGAUUGCCGACGGGAUUCGACAGUUAGCGCAGCGCGCAAUGCGUGUGUGGGAACAAGCUAUGCCGGUGCGCACAUCGCAAGUACAUGUGCUGUUCACGCCCGCAUGGGACGCGUACGACUUUGUGAUUCACCUGAACCCCAGUGUGCAUAUGCGCUACGCGGAAUCGCUCUCGCCAGACGCUACGCAUUGGCUGGCGCCGCGGAAAAAGCGCGCAUAUGCCAACCUGGAAGAGGCACCCUUGCGGCCAAGUGUGUACGGCAGCGAGCCACGCCCUGGUUUCGACCCGGUGCAAGAGUACGUGAUGCUUUUGCAGACGCUGUACCCAGACAUUUGCACGCUCUUUUACGACGAUAUGGGCGGCACAGCCAUUGGCGGUAUAUGGAAUGCGGCGUAUACGUCGCCUCACCCUUUCAAGGUGCUACAGGGCUACUCGGCGCAACCGCAUGCCAAAGGCGUACGUCUGAACCAGGCAGCGAUCCUAGCCGAAAUGAAGCGGCUAGGCGACGGGUUGGUCGAGCGUUUGGAGGCAUCGUAA